AUGGCCGUCUGCACAAUCUUCGCACAUAGCGUUCGCAAAAAGUACCGGACAAACCUAUGCUCGAAAUCUGCCGUAUUUGCAUUUGUAGUCACAUUGUUUACCGUGGUAGUUCCUUUUGUAUUAUCGUACAAAGGGUUUGGAUUCUGGAAGAAAAUUGAUAAGUACCAAGAACAGCCUCAUGUCCGAUUCAAGCGGAAGAUGCUCUUAAUCUUGGAAACGGACAAAACGCCUAUAUAUUGGAGUUCUUACCCAUUUUUAAACGAUCAUGUAUCUGGUGUUCGUGUGCCUCACAUUGAGGAAAAAGAAGAUGAUGCUAACUUUGAUGGAAAGCCGGACAUACUGCAUCUAAUGAUCAAAGUUCCGUUACCAGGGAACACUAAAGUAUUUGCUGCCAAACUGUUGCUGCUUUUUGACUGUAGCAUACAGACCUAUGCUCAAGUUGCCUAUGAAGGAAUUGGACUUGUACAGCAUAGCUCUGGUGUUCCUGGUGACGAAUUUAUGUUUACUGGGGACCUUAGACUAAAACAGCAAAAUUUAUUCAAUUAUCAUGGCUAUGAUCACCGCAACAAAAAAUCGAUUAUUAACGAAGAGACCACUACAGUAUCAGGGUUCAGCAGUGAAAGGUUACUUCACGACUAUUCAAGCAGGAAUGUUACUACGAACCUAGAGAAUAUAUUCAGCACCUGGAGAAGCACAAAGAAGUCACCAGAUUUCACACUGAACAUCAAAAUUAGAUACCCAGUGGAAACAAUUUUCUACCGCCCAGGUUUUUGGCAUGUUGUGCAACAUGCUUGGAUGCAGUACUUUGCCAUACUUGUGAUAUUUCUUUACAUUGGACACUCAGUGAAGUGUUUUGUGUUCAGUAACCAAGUGCUAGAGACCUAUUACGAAACAGUGGUGCCAUAAGUGUGAUGACACUACGCUUAGUGGAACACAGCAUGGUGUGCCCCUAACUCUGCAUGCCAGGGUAAUCAGAAUGAAAUGCUCCUCUGUCACAUGCAGCACAGCGUGGCACACCCCGUUACACAAGCGUCACAAUCCACAGUUUCCCUAUUGCCCUGUUUAAAUCUCCAGAACAUGCUGUCAAAUAUUACAGAUAUUUCGACCGUGAAUUGACUGAACAUUCCCAGGAGCAUUUGAGAUGGAGCAUAGGGCACCUGUUGUAAGAAGGGUGUAACUUGGAUUGCUGGUUCCCAUCAAUGCAGAGCCGUUCCAAGUAGGUCGCGAGAAAGGCAGAUGCUAUUGCCCCUUCACCAGAGGGGAAACGGAUGGGUGAGGUGUCUGCGGCUCAUAAGGCUGGGGAAUAGAGCGAGGGCCAAGAGAGUUUUCACAGCAGAACACAGAAUAGAAUUUUUCGAAUUCGCUUAAUAUCCGAGUCACUCCGUUUCAUUUAGAACUUUUCUGUACAGCUUUGAACUGCAGAACAUUUAUGGAACAGAAUAUACUAUUACUAUUCAUGCAUAGCUAAAGAUGGAAAGCACAUAUGUAAAUCAUUCAAGUAAUUGUUUUUCUGGUUAUUGUGCAAUCGUUAGACAGUACUUCUUGGGGGAAGGCUUCACAGUCAUCCUGCCCUAGACGGAGGUUGGCCUCGGACGGUUCUGCACUAACGUGAGGAACAGUCUGGUAUAUCUACUCAGGAAAGCCUAGAGCAAGCUGUUACAACCUUUCAAAGCAAAAUUUAAAGCGCUUGUUGGGUUUUGGGAGGAUAGCGAAUUCUAAUUCCCAAGUUAGAGUUCUUCAAAAGUGUCAGUUGUACUGCCUUUUGGCUGAGCACACUUUACUGGUGAAAACAGCCUUACAUUGAAAUCACGAACACCUACACAGAACAGCGCUUAUACUGAGAGUAGCAAGUUUGCCUGGCAAAGUGAAGUAAUAUAGCUUUUCAUGUAGCAUUCUAUGGUAUCUCAAAUUGGUCAGACCAGGGAUCAGAACUAACUUUUAACUAGUUUAGGAUACAACCAAACAGAACUUCUUACUGUCAGUGUUGGUGGCACCCUAAAGCUUAACUGGACAUGAAGCAGUAAAAAAAUUAUGGUUAGCAAUUCAUAUUUCAGCUAAGAAGUUGAAAAGCCUGAUGCACAGGCAUAACAAACACUGUUAUUGUCAGCAUUCUGUGCUAUCCACCUUUCUUGCAGCACCUGAGCAAAUCUCUAACCUUUUCAAUACUUAUGGGGGAUGUAGAGAGCUGUGGGCUUUGCACAUUUCGUACAGGUAAGCAAUACUAAGUUCUGCAGCAGGAUCGAAGCUCAAAGAACAUUCAAUAUAACCAAAUGUUUGCGAAAGAUGACCCGAUCUAGGGUAGUACCCUAGAACGGUAGAGGUUAGGAGGGAGUCUUACAUGGGCCUCCUGGUAGCAGGGAAGUAGGGGAAGGCAUAUUUCUGUGGUGUAACUUCCCUGUUUCAAAUAUACUUUAAGUGCACAUUUUCAUUCUGUGGGCUGCAUGUACCACAAGAAGGUGGCCAGGAAAUAGAAAACACAGCAGAGAGCAAUAAUUUCUGGUUGUUUGUACAACAUACUGUUGUUUUUAUAACCUUUUCCAUAUGGCUUAAGGUGCCUGUUCACAUAAUUUAUGUUUGCCAGAACCUUCAAAACCCCAUCAAAGUCCAUGCUUUAGUGUGCAACGUUACAUUGUAAAAUACAAAUUUUACAACUUUUUUUCAUAGGCGAGUAUACACACUUUCCAUAUUUUUUAUUUUCGGUACUAUGUAUACUUUACACUAAGCACAAAGCAUAUUUUAUUACCUUGUGCAAUACAUAUUUACACUUGUCCACACACAAAUAUGUAACAUUGCACUGCCAUUAAACCAUUAAAAACUCCACAUCAAACUUCUACAAGGAAAUAUCCAAUCAGGUGUUCUGCAAAGCAAAGCAACUCUGUGAUGUCAGUUUCGCUAGAUCCUGAUUCAUCACAUCCUACUCACAUAAAUCUUCUGCCGUGCCGAUGUGUUGCUGGAACCUAGUGUCAGGCAAUGGUACUUUAUAGCAUUACCGUAAUUUCACCCGUUUUUAGGAAAGUUUUGAAAAUGUUCGGGCAGAUAAGCCGCGGGCAAUACGAUGCGACUGAUUUGUGCGAUAAAGGAGACCAUAGAGAAGGCCAUAAAUCCUGUGGUCCAUACUCUGGGGUCGACAGGGUGUACAACAAUGGAGGUCAGUUCUAGUGUUCUACCAAGAUCGGAUUGUGCCCUUGUUGUGUGUUUUCAUGGACUGACGGGUCAGUGGCCUUCCAGAAGACAUGAAUCACUGUCACCACUUUCGUUAAAGCUGCUUGGGGGAACCCACCAGGAAGGUCAGCCUACUCGAACGUAGAUGCACCUCUGUUACGCAUUGUUUGUGCAUUGGCAGGGCGGUGCUGUUCCAGAGACACGGUUGGACCUUUCGUUAAAACCAGCGCAUAGGGAAAGUACCAGGGAAAAAUAGUCAGCAGAAAGCCGCAGAGUGCCCGUGAGAUAAAAAAAAAAAAAAAACGUGUAUAAGCCACGGCUAAUACGCGUGAAAUUACGGUACUCAUAUUUCAGGUGUGUGAAAUAACUAAAACACAAUGCCUGCAUCCAUAACCUUGGGAAUGGCGUCAUAAUAAAUAGAAAUUAUGAAACUAAUGUAGUACUGGGACAAAAGCAACAUAUGUAGAGCAAGCAUCUGAUUUGAGCCUUCACAGCUUUAUCACAGUUGACAUCUAGAUCUCGAAGUAGUCCUAGUUUUUAAAAAGCAUGCUGUAACGUCACAGCAGAGAAGCUCACUAUAUUCUUCUCCUGACCCGUUGCUGUUUAUCCCGUUUCAUUCAACAUACACAGUAUCUGGUCAAACCCAAUGAGGUUUACCAGUGUUGCUUACUAGGAAAAUGACUGGCUGCAAGAGAUUCCCAGGGUAACAUCUACCACUGGCUUCUCAUAGAGAGAUAAGAAAAAUACUGCAAAUGUCAGUAAGAAGUGAAACUAGCAUUCACAUUACCAUCUGACACUUGGAAGGCAAUAUAUCAUAGCAUUUCUCUCCUUGCUGUAUGCACAUUCCCUUCAAAUAUUUUGUGUGCAAUGAAAUGACUUAAGCUUUAGCAGUAUCACACAGUCCUGUAUCUUUUGGUUUGCAUCCAGCUUCAUCAAUAACAGCUGCAUCACUUUCACUGGUGUCACCAGAAGGAAAUGAUAUGUCUGUAAAAUGGGUAGGGGUAUGGAGGAGGUAUGUGCUGUUAGUCAUAAAUGAUAAAGAAAUACACAGUAGCAGGAUAUUGAUAACUGGUUGCACCACAGAAUUUGCACGAAAUUGUUCCAAAUUUGUGGUGAUUCAAAUUGUAAAUUUUUACUACCAUUCUUGCAUCACAGUCGUUCUCAUCAAGUGCUUAUGUGUUUACUUCAAUAAAGGAUCAAUUCAAUACAA